AUGACUGACUUGCUCCGCGCCAAACAACGAUCUUUUCAUUUUGCAGACGACGCUAGACUGUCUUUUGAGAAGCUCAAAGACGCUAUCUCCAACAUAGCGCUUCUCGCUCAUCCAGACACGUCUGCACCACUCUCCCUCACAACUGAUGCAUCCGACACUGCCGUCGGUGCAGUUCUUCAACAACUCAUCGACCAUCGCAAUGAGGCUGGACCUUACCGUGGUGCGAUGGUUUGUGUGCCUCAGCGAUCCAUUGAGCUAUACUGGGUGGUGCAUUUUUCACCUUCAGAGUCACUCAUACCAGAUUGGUCAAUGGUUAGAGGCCAGACAGACUCAGCCUCCUGGUCCUCCAGGUUGGGGGUUGGAAUGAGGGUGGCACCUUAUUCCUUAAUAUGGACUCCUUGUAGCUCAACGCCAAACCCGCUGCCUUGCGGUCAGGUUUUUGAACCAAAGGCUUUGGUUGAGAACCCUAAUCGUUCUCCUGUCUAG